AUGGCGCAAAGCGCAUCUACGGUCUUUUGGCAACCUGGAGAUAAGGGUGCACACUCCCAUUGUGCCGAUGUAAUCGAAGAAGACACGAUUUACAGACCUGAAUUCUUUGAGCACGUCCAAGCCACCCUCACAAGCCUCGAUCAGGACUUGUUCGAACUCAGCAAGGACAUCCAUGACCAUCCUGAACUGAGGUUCGAGGAACAUCAUGCUCAUGAUAUCCUCACUGCCUUCGUCGAAAAGCGUGGAUUCGAUGUCACUCGUCACCACUUGCUUGAGACCGCCUGGCUAGCCAAGUUUACCAGGGGUAACGGUGGACGUACCCUAGGUGUUAAUUCCGAGAUGGAUGCUCUUCCAGGAAUCGGACACGCCUGUGGUCACAAUCUCAUUGCCAUUGCUGGGGUUGCUGUGGCGAUCGCAGUCAAGUCAGCCAUGGAGAAGUUUGAUAUCUCCGGCAGUGUGGUUCUGCUGGGCACGCCUGCUGAAGAAGGCGGUUCUGGAAAAGCCAUCUUGCUCGAGCAGGGCGCGUACGAGGGGAUGGAUGUCUGUCUCAUGUGUCACCCUGCUCCCGGCCCACGGUGGUCGGUGAGUCUCAGCAGCUGCCUUGCACUCCAGCGCUUGAUAGUGGAGUUUUCUGGACAUACCGCGCAUGCGGCUCUCUCACCUUGGGAGGGACAGAACGCGCUCGAUGCCGCUGUCCUUGCUUACACGAACAUUUCGGUUCUGAGGCAGCAACUCAAGCCAAGCCACCGCGUCCAUGGCAUCUUCGAGGGCAAGGAUUGGGCACCAAACAUUAUUCCUGACUAUUCCAAGAUGACAUGGUAUGUGGGAGCACCGACACGAGCAGAGGUUGAAGUUGCGGUUCCACGCGUGACUGCGUGCUUUGAGGCUGCAGGACUCGCGACGGGGUGCAAAGUCAAGCUUGAAAAGACGAAUGUCACAUAUGAUCUCAGGCAGAACAAGGCACUUAGCGACGAAUGUGCGGACAUUUUCUUGAAGAAGUUCGGUCCCGUGGACUACGAGUACGGCAUCAAGAGCGCUUCCACUGACUUUGGCAAUGUCACUUACGCUCUUCCUUCGCUACACCCUUCUUUCGCGAUCCCUACGAAAGGCAGCAACCACACACCAGAAUUCACGGAGGCAGCAGCUACGAAGGAGUCGCAUCAGGCAUGCAUCAACAUGUCGAUCACCUUAUCCGCAAUCGGUCUGCGGCUGUUGACAGAUGACGCGUUCGCAGAGAAGGUCAAGAAAACGUUUGAGGAGGACAAACGUUUGCGAGAAGCCGCAGCGGCUCAGGCAUAGUUGUCCGUCAAGAUGUGGUAGAUGCACGUCUAUUGUACGCGGUAAUCAGCGGCAUGGCCGAAGGUAAAAUAUACUAUUAUAUCUGACUCUCGAUCUCGCUGUUCCAUAUGAAGCUCAUUUUGUC